CGUGGGAGAAGACCCGAAUAACCAAAGACCUACAUACAAUACAAUAAGAAACCAGCUUCAGGCUGAUCUGGGAAUAUCAUGAAAUGACUACAGGAGGAGGGAAAAGCUUUGAGGUGUUGGGCCUGAAACAACCUGCGCAAAGAGCUUUUUCUACAGAAGAAUGAAGACACUCGAAUGCUUAUUACGGCAGGGGGAAUAUGAGAUGUUUCAGUAUUCCCCCAUGUUUGAAAGUGAUUUCUUCCAGAUCAAUAAAGAAGGUAACCCAAUUAAUGUCCACAAUAAGAAGAAAGUCAUUACACUUGGAGUGACUUCCACCAUUCCCACGCUGCCGAUCCCUAACACCCUGCUUCUGGCAAGCUCUAUUGUCUCAUCUGAAGAACAUAUUUCAAAAUCCACAUCCAUAUUCCAUCAGCCCCUCCCAGGGAAAUUGGAACUGAAAAGGUUAUUCCCUUUGUGCUUGGUCAAGAUCUCAAUCCACAACUUGGAAAAGAAGCAGCUGCGACUUAAACUAGUGACUGGCCGCACCUACUACCUUCAGCUGUACCCUACAUCACAUCAGCAGCAAGACCUUUUCGCUGAUUGGAUCAAGCUUGUGCAAAUGAUACGGCCAUCUUCAAAAAUAAAUUUCAACCAGCAGAAGCUGGAAAACAAAAAAUUGAUGAAGCAUAGUGCACCUCUAGUUCCAACUCCGAAACCUAAAAGCCCACCUCUUCAGAGAGAAUCUCAAUGUGCACCUGAAAAAAAGACAAAGAAUAAGAAGAAGAAUAAGAAGAAGAGCAUUUGUCCUGUCAUUCAAAACCCCACUACUCAGGCAAAGGAAACCAAAAAAGAAAAUGAUCCAACUGCUGUACGUUCUAAGAGCUCCCCCACUCCUGAAAUCAAACCACCACCUCUCAAAAUAGAGAAUGUUCAUGAGGCCUUCUAUCAAACCCCAGAGGAGAAGAACAUUGCAAAAAAGUUAGAGAGGGAGAAAGUAGAGAAUCCUGGUGCUGGUGGUGAAACAGAAAACUUGGAUAUUAACAGGUACAGAAAACCAGUUAGGAAGAAUCUCUCCAGUCAAAGCAGGUCUGGACACAGAGGUGCUGCCCGAAAGCCAAGCAAGAUAGCAUCUCUCUUUAUAGGCUGCUUCAGGAGCCAGAGAAAGAACAAACGAAGCAACAAAGCUCAGAACAAAGGAAAAAGAUACCGGGCAGAGUAAAACAAUGAGUCUGAACACAUUAAAAGAGUAGGAGCUCCCUUAUAAUAUAGCUGACCAAUUAUAAACUUCAUCUUCUGAAUGCAAGAAUCUUUGUCAUAUAGCAAGCAGAGAACUAGAAUUGACACAUUCAAGCUGAGCUUAGUGACCACCCAUUGCUCAGAAUAUCCUUCGUCUUUCAUAAAGGCAAGAAAUAUUCUGUUAUUCCGUUAAAUUUCAUGAAUGCAGUUUUUCAAUAUUUUAAAAAAAUAUUCUCAUACUAGUUAAAACUACAUGCAAGGGCCAGAUAGCCUUACGUUGUUAUAAAAAAAAAAUCAGUGUUUUUAUAUAUAACAAUAAAUGUGCUUGACAUGAAACAA